UGAGACGCAGUAAAUAAUAGUAGACAGAGGUUCUUCUCAUAAAGUGGGGAUCUCAACGCGCGCAAAGGGUAAAUACACGUGUGGUGAAUGGAAGAGGUUUCGAUAAGUUAUUCUGAAUUUUAUGAACGAGCGUUACUCUUCCUUGUCAUGAGCGGAGUUAACAUCUCACCACUGUGUUAAGAAAGGAAAUAUGUUUAUGCCGCACUCUGUAGGGUACGCUGUGUUGAGAAAGUAUUGAAAGUUGUGCCAUUCUCUUCGCGCUUUAGAGCACGUUAAUCAGCAGGAUGGAUACCCUCUCAGUUCGCCGUCCCAAACGAGGCGAGACCGACGAAGAACUGAUGCAGAUGCAAGACGAGUUUCUGAAAAGUGGCGAAAAACCAUCGGUGCAGUUGGUACGAACAGAACGGACCAACCACGAGUCCAAAGCCAGGGCGUCUGUCCCCGAACCAAACGAAACCAUUGGUGUUUAUGGCCGAAAACCGCCAAUAGCUACUUCAAAUGUCACUGGGACAGCCAGGCGAUAAGUCAACUGAGGUGGACCAUGUGGAACUGGAGUCCGUGCUGUGCGAUGUCAUUGAACGCAGUAUAAAUAAAGAUCUCAUAAAGCCUCCAUCUGCCACAACAGCACCAUUUCCGGAGCCUGCGAGAGUUUCGGGCAUCGCAUUGCAAGGUCGCAAGAGCCUCUUUGCAACGAGGUUGAAGAAGCCAAGCCCAGCAAGUCAGCACCAUGAUUUCCCAAAACCACCACCUUCAGUGUCAACAUCCGGCUCGGCCUUGUCAAAGGACGAUUAUGAAGCCGUGCACUUUGAAAACCUCGGACGACUGGCUUCCAUGUCACAUGAAGAGAAAAUGAAAGCACGACAGGAGCUCCUUUCUCGGCUGGACCCUGCAACAGUGGCAUUCCUGCAAUCUCGACGGAAGCUCGCGGACUUGGACAGCUCAAGAAGGGGGCAUGCAGAGCAGGCUUCUGCCAAUUGCAUCCAGGUCUCAAAAGAUGGUACGCAUAAUGAUGCCUCAUCAAGUACAAAGCCACAGACACCAGGGUCUCAUACUGCUUUAUUUCCUUCAGAUUUCAAAACAGAGCAUAUAAAACUGGAUUUCUCUAAGCCAAAUGUGGCAGCCAGUGCUGAACACAAGAUUGAUAUGCCUGCUGGAUCCGCUGUCGAUUCCCUUGAAGCCACUGAUGCCCAAGCACCAGCUUUAGAUGAAGACGAGUUGCCAAUCAAGCCAACAGAGGCAGCCAAGAAGUGGAUUCACAUGGAUGAAGUUGAAAAGGACAAGCUGCAGUGGAUGACCAUGCUCCCACCAGUGAAGGCUGUAGAUCCUCAGGAUGCAGCAACACCGUGCAUUGGACGGUUUGACUUCGAAGGGGAGCUGGUGCCACCAAACCAGGAAGUGCCCGUUCACAGGGGCUUGCAUCACCAUGGCGAUAACCCUGAGAUGGCUGGCUACAGCACUGCAGAAAUCUUGCGCCUUCUGCGAAGCCAGGUGCGCUCGCAACGCCUGCUGGCUCUGCAGUUGCUGGAGCGCAUCCUCACCAAGCACUGGCUCGGUCACUAUGUGGGGAGGAUGGAAGGAGGCGACUUGCUGAUGCAGCUCCUCCAAUCUGGACUGGCACCCCUCGUACGAUCCGCACUCGACGAUCGAGCGACAGUGGAUGCAGCAUUGGCGGUGCUCCAAGCACUGCUGGUCUCCCAGCCUGAACAGGCAUUAUUCGGCCGGGCAUUCCUGUGGCGGCAUGGUCAUAGGACCUUUUUCCUGAGGCCUCCCACUGAACUUCAAAACUCAAGUGAAAUCUCAGAUGUGGACUUGUCACAGAUAGACCUUGUGCAGGCACUUCUGCGCAUGGACUUGCUGCAGCGACUGCAUUACAUCCUGAAGACGUUGCGGCCAGGGGCCAGCGCUGUGGCAUCUGCGUUGCUUGUCAUGGCCAGGCUGGCGCGGCACUCUACACAAGCCGCAACAAAGGUGCUAAACCAGCCCCACUUGAUGAACCUCAUUUUUGCAGAGUUCCUGCCGGCUCAUUGGAGCUCUCCUGCUGUCAUCAAGGGCAAGAUGGCAGAAGCUUAUGGCAACCCAAUGUGGCCAGCACUUGAGUUGGUUCGAACUAUUGCCGCAGCUGGAAAGGAAUUGGCUGAUGUGCUGAUACAGAGGCACCGGCUUGGGCAGUGCUUGGCUGCCUACUUAGCCUUAGAACCCAGUGCAAGCCAGUUGCCGGCCGCGGACUGCCUGAACUUGGCCCUGGAAGCACUUCGGACGUGGCGCAUUCUUCUCACAUAUGGUCUGGGUGGAGAAUUGUGCCUGGAUCUGUAUUCUGUGGUGGCGAGGAGGUUGCAGCUGUUCUCAGCGCUUGACUUGGAUGGAGUGCCCUUUGACCUCGAGUACGGUGCCCACCUACUCCACUGCCUGUCCAUGUUACCCGCAGAUGUUGCGAGGUCAUCCUUGGCUGGACUGAGCAUCGCGCUGAACAUUGUUUCCAAGCGAUGGCUGACUCUUCUUUCUAGGGCAACAGACCUUCAAUCGAUUCAGACAGGAGUGUACAUUGUGGCAGCUAUGCUGCACUGCCUGUCCUCCAUGUGUGAACUCGGUGAAACGCCCGACACCAGUGUAGUGGAUGCCAUGCAGCUGGUUCUCAAGUCACAGCUUGCCCCGUUUUUGACAUUGCAGCUCAGCACCUGCUCUUCACUCCUGGCUGAAAGUGAAAGAAAUAAAGUGCAGCCAGAUUCCAGCUCCAGCGAGUGCCUUCCAUGUGUUGCAUCCGAGGAGCCUGUCCCUUGCGAGGGUUGGGACAUGGCUUCGUUUGAACUCCUGGCUUCUAUGGCCAGGCUGCUUCGCACAAUGGCCACCAAGUCGGAAGUUGGCAAGCGCGGAGAACUCUCUGCGACGAAGGCCAGCCUUGUUUGUAAUGCUGGCGUCAAAACCUACUUGGACCAACUCUGUUCUCGCGCUAAGCACUGGACUCGGCACUGCAGUCAGCGAUGGCUUUGCCGCCCAGAGUUCAACCUUCUGUUUGAGCUGGGACUACUUGCAGCAUCCGAGACUUUAGACGAGAGUGACGCCGCGCUCUACCACGAAGUUUCCCUGGCCCUUCUGUCCACAUGUGCCCCGGGCUUUCAACACCAGUAUCUCAAGGUUCUUAAGGAAAUAGUUUUUGCCCCAAACUUUGCUUGCUCGCAAUCCAGCCACUGGAGAACACUGUCGAUGGAGAACAUUCCGGUAACUCGGAUGGAAAGUAUCACAGGAUGUUCCGUGCCCGUAAUUGCCAGUGCCAAACUGGACAACGCAGCUCUGUCAGAUAUCAAGGAUGCCUACUUGAAGACACUUGAACCUAGCCUAAGGCAGCUCAGUGAAAGCGCAUCGGUGUCGUUGACGUUGAGAACGAAGCCUCUGUUUUCGUAUGACUGGGUCUACCUGCCAUUGCAUCAACUCUGUGCUAUGGAGGAAAUGACAAGAAACUACGAACAUGGUCACGUCCUCUCUUGCUUGCGCUGGGCCUGCCAUCUGCUGUGCACAAGGCAUCGGUUCAUGCAAGCAUUCCCGCCGCUUGUUCAUUUCACCCGUCUAGCAUCGGUGUUUUUGGCUGGUCCUGAGCUGUUUUUGGACAUGGAGGUGCAGGGUACCAUGUUGCUGCUGCUCCGUCUGCUUGAGCAGACGACGCUGCUUUGCCGCACGCAGCGGCACCUGGACCUCAAGGACUGGCCCGGCCUGCCAUCGUUCUCAGAUUUCUAUCUUCAACUUCUAGAGGAGUAUGUCGGCGAGUCCUACGGAGAUUGUGUCUUCGCCUCGUGGCUUCUGGUGCCCCUCCAGGGAGCCUGUGACCCUCACUUCCGCAAGCUCUUCUUUGCCGAGAACCCGGAGGCACUGGCCAUGACUCGCCUGAAGCCAGAUCAGUCUGUAGUGCCCCUUUGUCGUUUCCUGGAACCUCCCGAAGAAAAUGCUGUUGUGCUUGAGACUUACCUGAAACACUUACUAUCAGGAAGGUUGAAUUGCACCAGAAGCCCACUGUUACACACCAUAGCUGAGGAGAGUGUGGCACGAUUUGUGCACAGCACCGCUUCAAGCCCUUUCAAAGUUCAUUUGCUUCAAGUUCUCUCGCGUCAUCGGAACAAGGAAACUGCGAAACGCAUACUGCGAUGGACAUGUGAAAAGGCAGCAUCCUAGGAUAAAAUCGCAGCGUUAUCAUGCAAGCUUGCAGCCCCGUCAAUAUGAUAAGGAACGAAGUCACCUACAAGCUGUGGCCAGCUCAUCGAUUCAUCGACCUGUGAAGCGGGAUCAUGUGUGCACUGGAAGUUAUGCCAGAGGCAUAUAC